AUGGAGGGAGACGUUAUGGACAAAGUGGAGGCCACGGCGACGGUCCGUGACUUCGACCCCAUGAGUGGGAGCAUCCCGGCCACCAAAGUGGAGAUCACCGUGUCCUGCAGAGAUCUGUUGGACCGCGACACUUUCUCCAAAUCUGACCCACUGGUGGUGCUAUACACCCAGGGCGUGGAGUCCAAACAAUGGAGAGAGUUUGGGAGAACGGAGGUGAUAGACAACACACUAAACCCAGACUUUGUCAGAAAGUACAUCCUGGACUACUUCUUUGAGGAGAAGCAGAACCUGCGCUUUGACGUGUAUGAUAUUGAUUCUAAAAGUCCAGAUCUGGGAAAGCAUGACUUCCUGGGACAGGUCUACUGUACGCUGGGAGAGAUUGUGGGCUCACCUGCCAGCCGCCUGGAGAAACCACUAGGCGGCAUCCCGGGGAAGAAAUGUGGAACCAUCAUCUUAUCUGCAGAGGAGCUGGGAAACUGCAGAGAUUAUGCCACCAUGCAAUUCUGUGCCAACAAACUGGAUAAGAAGGACUUCUUCGGAAAGUCGGACCCCUUCAUGGUUUUCUACAGAAGUAAUGAGGAUGGCACGUACACCAUCUGUCACAAGACUGAGGUGGUGAAGAGCACACUAAACCCAGUGUGGCAGUCCUUCUCCAUCCCCGUCAGAGCGCUCUGCAAUGGAGACUAUGAGAGGACGAUCAAGGUGGAAGUGUACGACUGGGACAGAGACGGGAGCCACGAUUUCAUCGGCGAAUUCACCACAAGCUACAAAGAGCUGUGUCGGGGCCAGAGUCAGUUAAACGUGUAUGAGGUGGUGAAUGCCAAGAAGAAAAUAAAGAAAAAGAGAUACAUCAACUCUGGGACGGUGUCCUUGUUAUCAUUCAUUGUGGAGCAAGAGCACACCUUCCUGGAUUAUAUCAAAGGAGGGACUCAGAUUCACUUCACAGUGGCCAUUGAUUUCACGGCAUCAAAUGGAAAUCCAUCCCAGUCCACUUCACUACACUACAUGAACCCCUACCAGAUGAAUGCCUAUGCCAUGGCCCUGAAGGCUGUUGGGGAGAUCAUCCAGGACUAUGACAGCGAUAAGAUGUUUCCAGCUCUGGGAUUUGGUGCUAAGCUGCCCCCUGAUGGGAGGGUUUCCCACGAGUUUCCACUGAAUGGCAACGUUGAGAACCCGUACUGCAACGGCAUGGAGGGGAUUCUUGAAGCUUACCAUCAAAGCCUUAAGACGGUUCAGCUGUAUGGACCCACCAACUUCGCUCCUGUUGUUAAUCACGUGGCAAGGUAUGCAGCAGCGGAGCAGGACGGAUCUCAAUACUUCGUCUUGCUCAUCAUCACUGACGGUGUGAUUUCAGACAUGGCUCAGACCAAGGAGGCCAUAGUGAAUGCAGCUAAACUCCCCAUGUCGAUCAUCAUUGUUGGAGUUGGCCAAGCUGAGUUUGAUGCCAUGGUGGAGCUGGAUGGUGACGACAUCAGAAUUUCCUCGCGGGGGAAGUUGGCAGAAAGAGACAUUGUACAGUUUGUGCCAUUCAGAGACUACAUGGACCGUACAGGUAACCACGUGCUGAGCAUGGCCCGACUGGCUAAAGACGUACUGGCUGAGAUCCCCGACCAGCUGAUCUCCUACAUGAAGAGCAAAAGCAUUAAACCAAACCCCGUCCCUCCAGCUUACUCGCCUGCUGACCAUUCCCAGACCAACCCAGUGUGA